AUGUCCGACAUGGUGUCUCACGAUGCUUCCGCAGCACAUGAUACCAAAACAUCUGCAAAUGUGAUCUCUGUAGAGUCGGACAAUGUUUUUCGAGACACCAAAGAGCCUGAUGCCGAGCAAAAUCACGCUGACACCUCCAACUCUGGGGAACUCAAGCGCAGGCUGAAAAGCAGGCAUUUACAGAUGAUUGCAAUUGGUGGAACUAUUGGCACAGGACUCUUUAUUUCCAGCGGUACUGCCAUCGCAGAAUCCGGUCCCGCAGGCGCGUUGAUCGCCUAUAUAUUUGUCGGCUCCAUUGUCUAUUCUGUCAUGAGCUCGUUGGGCGAAGUUGCAACCUAUAUUCCAAUGCCCGGUGCCUUCACAUCCUAUGCAGCCCGGUUGAUCGACCCAAGUCUCGGAUUUUCCAUGGGUUGGAUCUAUUGGUUCAACUGGGCCUCCACAUUUGCUGUCGAACUAACCGCCACCGGUACUAUCAUCCAAUAUUGGGAUCCAAGCCUAAACAUUGCUAUUUUCAUCGGAGUGUUUUGGGUGUUCAUCACGGCUAUGAACUUCCUCCCUGUCAAUUUCUACGGCGAAGUGGAAUUCUGGUUCUCAACUAUCAAAGUGGCCACUGUUGUCGGCUUCAUCAUUUUUGCCAUUUGCAUCGAUGUCGGAGUUGGGGAGCAGGGCUAUCUAGGCUUUCGCUACUGGAGCACGCCAGGGGCUUUUGCCACGUAUAGUCCCCAUCUACCGGUAUAUGUAGGCAAGUUCGUUGGCUUCUGGGCGGUGCUCAUCCAAGCCGGAUUCUCUUAUCAAGGCACGGAGCUUGUCGGUGUGGCGGCUGGAGAAACCGAAAACCCACAAAAGACGGUCCCAUCAGCUAUCCGCAAGACGUUUGUUCGAAUUCUUCUCUUCUUUGUCUUGACGAUUUUCUUCAUCGGGCUCGUGGUCCCCUAUGACAACGGCCGCCUCACCACCGCGACCACCAACGCAUCAUCCUCGCCUAUGGUUAUUGCAGCUGAUUUGGCAGGAGUCAAGGUUCUUCCAAGCUUGAUCAAUGCUGUGCUCUUGUCCGUGGUCUUGUCGGCCGCAAACUCCAAUGUGUAUAGCGGCAGUCGAGUCCUCACUGGAUUAGCACAUGAAGGGUUUGCCCCAGCCUGUUUCGGUUGGGUGACCAAGCACGGUGUUCCGUAUAUUAGCGUGACAUUCACCGCUUUGUUUGGCUUGUUGGGUUUCAUGAACGUUUCCAAUGACGCAGGGCAAGUUUUCACUUGGCUGGUGAAUCUUUCUAGUGUUGCAGGCUUUGUGACUUGGGCCUCGAUCAAUGCGUGUCAUAUCUCGUUCAUGCGGGUAUUGGCAACCCGCGGGAUUUCUUGUGAUACGCUUCCAUAUAAGGCCGUCUUGCAACCAUAUCUCGCUUGGUAUGGUUUGUUUUUCAAUGUUCUUAUCGCCCUCACCCAGGGUUUCACUUCUUUCAUCCCACAUUUCCGGGUGACCGACUUCUUCGUUGCCUACAUUUGCCCCAUCGUCUUUGUCGUGCUCUAUAUUGGACACAAGGUGGUUUUCCGUCCGUCAUUUGUCCGUGCCGCCGAUGCCGAUAUCGACACUGGCCGCUUGCACUAUCAAAAGCAAAUCGAUCCUCCCAUUCCAUGGUACUGGAGGGCCUGGGGCUGGUUCACGAAGUAA